AUGAACGGACCCAGUGGAAGCGAGAAGAUCGUGCACACGACGGGUGCAGGAGCCUUUUUUGGCGCUGCUGUCGGCUCCGUCGAGUCGGUAUGGGCCAUCCCUAAGCUUGGCGCCAAGCUGCCCGUGCUCUCGAGCCAGCUCAAGCACGUCGGCUUGCGCUCGCUCGUGUUCGCUGCUGUGGGCUGCAUCUACUCCACAGGCGAGUACGUUGCAGCGACGAUUCGUCAGAAGGAGGACCCGAUCAAUGCAGGUGUGGGUGGGGCUCUAGUAGGCGUCGUGCCCGGCAUGGUGCGGCACAGUAUGCGCGUGGGCGUCGGCUCUGGCGUUGCUAUGGGCGCUGCUAUGUGUGCAGCGACGUUCUGGCAAUCUUCUCAGACUUCGCCGAUGGAGAAGUACGCGAAGGCACGCCAUGCUGAGCACUCCUAA